AAUGCAUUGGAGUACUGAUGUAUCCCAUGCACCCGAAUUUACAUAUAGUAAUGUCCAUCUUUUACCAAAAACAAGUCAUUUAUGGAUAUUAUCAGGAGGUUCUUGUGGAUCUAGUCUAAUUCUUUUUUCGAUCCACAAAGAUCAAGAUCAAAUGAACAUACCCUUUCUUUCCGUCGAAAGAAAAUCUAUUUCUAGCCUCUCAGUGAAUAAUGAUCAAGUGAGCAAAAAAUUUUUCAGUUCAGAUUUUUCUGAUAAAAAAAAAUCUGGGAUUCCCAAUUAUUCAGAAUUGAAUGGAAUCGUAGGUACUAGUCAUUAUAAUUUCAUAUAUUCUGCUAUUUUUCAUGAGAAUUCGGAUUUAUUAGCAAAAAGGCGAAGAAAUAGAUUUCUCAUUCCAUUCCAAUCGAUUCAAGAGCAAGCGAAAGAGUUCAUACCACAUUCAGGUAUCUCGAUUGAAAUACCCAUAAAUGGUAUUUUCCGUAGAAACAGUAUUUUUGCUUUUUUUGAUGAUCCUAGAUACAGAAGAAAGAGUUCCGGAAUUCUUAAAUAUGGAACUCUAAAGGCGGACUCAAUCGUCCAAAAAGAGGAUAUGAUUGAGUAUCGAGGAGUCCAAAAAUUUAAGACAAAAUACGAAAUGAAAGUAGAUCGCUUUUUUUUCAUUCCUGAGGAAGUGCAUAUUUUACCCGAAUCCUCCGCCAUAAUGGUACAGAACUAUAGUAUCAUUGGAGUCGAUACACGAAUCACUUUAAAUAUAAGAAGCCAAGUCGGCGGGUUGAUCCGAGUGGAGAGAAAAAAAAAAAGGAUUGAACUCAAAAUAUUUUCGGGGGAUAUCCAUUUUCCGGACAAGACAGAUAAGAUAUCCCGACAUAGUGGCAUCUUGAUACCGCCAGGAAGGGGAAAAACAAACUCUAAAGAAUCAAAAAAUUUAAAAAAUUGGAUUUAUGCCCAACGGAUCACACCAACCAAGAAAAAGUUUUUUGUUUUGGUGCGGCCCGUAGCUACCUAUGAGAUAAUGGACAGUAUAAAUUUAGCAACACUCUUCCCACAAGAUCUCUUUCGGGAAAAGGAUAAUAUUCAACUUCGAGUUUUCAACUAUAUCCUUUAUGGAAAUGGUAAACCAACUCGAGGAAUUUCUGACACAAGUAUUCAAUUGGUUCGCACUUGUUUAGUCUUGAAUUGGGACCAAGACAACAAAAAUUCUUCCCUCGAGGAGGUCCGCGCUUUCGUUGUUGAAGUAAGUACAAAGGGUUUGAUUCGAGAUUUCAUAAGAAUUGGCUUAGUGAAAUCCCAUAUUUCGUAUAUAAGAAAAAGAAAUAAUCCGCCGGAUUCGGGAUUGAUCUCUGCAGAUUCCGUGAAUCCGUUUUAUUCGCUUUCUCCCAAGGCUGGCAUUCUUCAACAAUCGCUUAGACAAAAUCAUGGAACUAUUCGUAUGUUCAGAAAUAAGGAAUCCCAAUCUUUGUUAAUUUUAUCAUCCUCUAAUUGUUUUAGAAUCGGUCCAUUUAAUCAUGUAAAAUAUCACAAUGUUAUAAACCAAUCAAUAAAAAAAAAACCUCUAAUUACAAUUCAAAAUUCGUCGGGCCCCUUAGGAACAGCCAUUCAAAUUUCGAAUUUUUAUUCAUUUUUGCCUUUACUAACUUAUAAUCAGAUCUCUGUAAUUAAAUAUUUGCAACUUGAUAACUUCAAAUAUAUUUUUCAAAUAAUUCACUCUUAUUUAAUAGAUGAAAACGGAAGAAUUUUUAAUCUAGAUCCAUACAGUAACCUUGUUUUGAAUCCAUUCAAAUUGAAUUGGUAUUUUCUUCAUCAAAAUUAUAAUAAUUAUUAUUGUGAGGAAACGUCCACAAUAAUAAGUCUUGGACAAUUUUUUUGUGAAAAUCUAUGUAUAGCCAAAAAAGAACCAUACCUAAAAUCGGGUCAAGUUUUAAUUGUUCAAAGGGAUUCUGUAGUAAUAAGAUCCGCUAAGCCCUAUUUGGCUACUCCGGGAGCAAAAGUUCACGGGCAUUAUAGAGAAAUUCUUUACGAAGGGGAUACAUUAGUUACAUUUAUAUAUGAAAAAUCGAGAUCCGGUGAUAUAACCCAAGGUCUUCCAAAAGUAGAACAGGUGUUAGAAGUCCGCUCGAUUGAUUCAAUAUCACUGAACUUAGAAAAGCGGAUUAAGGGUUGGAACAGGUGUAUAACAAGAAUUCUUGGAAUUCCUUGGGGAUUCUUGAUUGGUGCUGAGCUAACUAUAGUGCAAAGUCGUAUUUCUUUGGUUAAUAAGAUUCAAAAGGUUUAUCGAUCCCAGGGGGUGCAGAUUCAUAAUAGGCAUAUCGAAAUUAUUGUACGUCAAAUAACAUCAAAAGUUUUGGUUUCAGAAGAGGGAAUGUCUAAUGUUUUUUUACCUGGAGAAUUGAUUGGAUUGUUACGAGCAGAACGCACGGGGCGUGCUUUAGAAGAAGCAAUCUGUUAUCGAGCCGUUUUAUUAGGAAUAACUCGAGCAUCUUUGAAUACUCAAAGUUUUAUAUCCGAAGCAAGUUUUCAAGAAACUGCUAGAGUUUUAGCAAAAGCUGCUCUUCGGGGUCGUAUCGAUUGGUUGAAAGGCCUGAAAGAAAAUGUUGUUCUAGGGGGUGUGAUCCCCGCCGGGACCGGGUUCAACAAAGGAUUGGUGCAUUGUUCACGGCAACAUACCAAUAUUCUUUUUGAAAAAAAAACAAAGAAUUUAUCUUUAUUAGAGGGAGAUAUGAGAGAUAUUUUAUUUUAUCACAGGGAAUUUUGUGACUCUUCUAUUUACAAAUCUGCCUUUUCUAGAAUUGAAUAAUUCCUAAUAGCAGAUUCCUGUUUUGAAUUUCAUGUUUUAUUGUUUGCUGUAGUCAUUUGCUUUAAUAAUUUGUUAACACUAAUAAAGAUAAUAAUGAAUACAAAAUAAUGGCUCGGCUCGUGCAUAAACGGACAAGAGAAGGUUCCAUUGGAACAAAUUUUUAUUUUAGUUUUGGGUACCCCCCUUUUAAGUGUGAAAAGAAAUGACAAAAAGAUAUUGGAACAUCGAUUUGGAAGAGAUGAUGAGAGCAGGAGUUCAUUUUGGGCAUGGUACUAGGAAAUGGAAUCCUAGAAUGGCACCUUAUAUUUCUGCAAAGCGUAAAGGUAUUCAUAUUAUAAAUCUGACUAGAACUGCUCGUUUUUUAUCAGAAGCUUGUGAUUUAGUUUUUGAUGCAGCAAGUAGGGGAAAACAAUUCUUAAUUGUUGGGACAAAAAAUAAAGCAGCUGAUUUAGUGUCGCGGGCUGCAAUAAGGGCUCGGUGUCAUUAUGUUAAUAAAAAGUGGCUCGGCGGCAUGUUAACAAAUUGGUCUACUACAGAAAAAAGACUUCAUAAGUUUAGGGACUUGAGAACUGAACAAAAGACAGAGGGAUUCAACCGUCUUCCGAAAAGGGAUGCAGCUGUGUUGAAGAGACAAUUAUCUCGCUUGGAAACAUAUCUAGGCGGGAUUAAAUAUAUGACGGGAUUGCCUGAUAUUGUAAUCAUCAUCGAUCAGCAAGAAGAAUAUACGGCUCUUCGAGAAUGUAUAACUUUGGGAAUUCCAACCAUUUCUUUAAUCGAUACAAAUUGUAAUCCCGAUCUCGCGGAUAUUUCUAUUCCAGCAAAUGAUGACGCUAUAGCUUCAAUUCGAUUCAUUCUUAACAAAUUAGUAUUCGCAAUUUGUGAGGGUCGUUCUAGCUAUAUACAAAAUUCUUGAUUAAUAAUAAGAUAAAUAAAUCAAUUUUUUUUGAGGGAGGGGCUCCCUGUAUUUCGAUUUAUAAAAUCGGUUACUAUUCCUGAAUCAUACAAAAGAAAAAGAGAUAAAAAACUGGGUAUAUUGUGUGAUUCGUUUAGUUGGUAUCCAAAACUAAAAUAAAAAUUCAAGUAAAUAAGUAAAAAAAAAGGGGGGGUCUUGAAUCAAAAUAAUUUAAAGUUCUUAUUUCUGUCAGAGGGCAAUAUGAAUGUUUUAUCAUGUUCCAUCAAUACACUAAUAAAAGAAGGGUUAUAUGAGAUAUCUGGUGUAGAAGUAGGCCAACAUUUCUAUUGGCAAAUAGGGGGGUUCCAAGUCCAUGCGCAAGUCCUUAUUACUUCUUGGGUUGUAAUUGCUAUCUUAUUAGGUUCCGCAGCUCUAGCGGUUCGCAAUCCACAAACCAUUCCAACUGGCGGCCAAAACUUCUUUGAAUUUGUCCUUGAAUUCAUUCGAGAUGUGAGUCAAACCCAGAUUGGAGAAGAAUACGGUCCAUGGGUUCCCUUUAUUGGAACCCUGUUUUUAUUUAUUUUUGUUUCUAACUGGUCAGGAGCCCUUUUACCGUGGAAAAUUAUCCAGUUACCUCAAGGGGAGUUAGCAGCACCAACGAAUGAUAUAAAUACGACGGUUGCUUUAGCUUUACUCACAUCAGUAGCAUAUUUUUAUGCGGGUCUUAGCAAAAAAGGAUUAGGGUAUUUCAGUAAAUACAUUCAACCAACUCCAAUUCUUUUACCCAUUAACAUCUUAGAAGAUUUUACAAAACCCCUAUCACUGAGUUUUCGACUUUUCGGAAAUAUAUUAGCCGAUGAAUUAGUAGUUGUUGUUCUUGUUUCUUUAGUACCUUUAGUGGUUCCUAUACCUGUCAUGUUCCUUGGAUUAUUUACAAGCGGGAUUCAAGCUCUCAUUUUUGCCACUUUAGCUGCGGCUUAUAUAGGUGAAUCCAUGGAGGGUCAUCAUUAACUAUUUUUUUUUUUCAAAUUUAGGUUAGCCCAAUUAUCGAAUAGUUGGUUUACGUUAUGUAAGAAACACUUGUAUAUGUCAUAUUUGAUAUUGACUAGGUAUAUAUAAGUUAAAGAUCUAUAUAAUCUGCCCCACUAUUUUUGUGAAUUUCUAUUUAGAUAACGAUUCGAUUAUAAGUUCUUACUUUUUAUCUGUGAAUUGGCUGAAAAAAACGAUCAAAAAAAGAACGAAGAAUUAAAAGAAAAGAAUGGUUCACAAAAAAGAAACGGCAUAAAAAAGUCGUAUAUAUAUAUAUUAUGCAUUUUUCAAAAUCCCGUGGAUAGGAACUAAUAUCAAAGUAAUUCUUAUCAAGUUUUUGGUUAUUUUGGCUGGAUGAAUCUUAGCGAUGACUUAAUUAUAAUUAAGUCCUAAGUCGUUGGAUGAUUGUAUCAUUAACUAUUUCUUUAUUUUGGUGUGAGGAACUUAUCAUGAAUCCACUGGUUUCUGCUGCUUCGGUUAUUGCUGCUGGGUUGGCUGUUGGGCUUGCUUCUAUUGGACCUGGGGUUGGUCAAGGUACAGCUGCGGGUCAAGCUGUCGAAGGUAUCGCGAGACAACCUGAGGCAGAAGGAAAAAUACGAGGUACUUUAUUGCUUAGUUUGGCUUUUAUGGAAGCUUUAACAAUUUAUGGCCUAGUUGUAGCAUUAGCGCUUUUAUUUGCGAAUCCUUUUGUUUAAUCCUAGAAAUAAUAAAAUUAGGAAUUUUUUUUUUCGUAGUUUUUUUUAUUCUAUCAAGAUUUCACUCCUACAAUUAUUCAUUGAGACAACAACCCUUGGGAAGGACUAAUUUGAGGAUGGGGAAUUAACACAUCGAUUCGCUUUCUUCCUUCCCCUUAUUCUUUUUAGUUUAAUGGAAAUUUUUUUUUAAGGAGUGUUGCGCAAAAAGGAGGUUUAGGUUUUUUAAAAUUGAUAUAAAACUUGGUCUCAAAUUCUAGCUUAAUUUUAAUUAAGUCUCAUUAUUAUUAUUGAAAAUUAAAAAUUUUUGGAAAAUAAAUUUGUAAAUAGAAUAGGUUUUUGAUUCUGUUUAUAAAUAUCCAAAUAGGUAAAUUAAAUUAUAAAUUAUUAAACGAAAUUUUCUUUUUAUUCAAAAAAACAAAGAAUAAAAAAAAAAAGGACAGAGUUCUUUUUUUUUAUAGUUUAGCUAGAAGAGGAGAUUAUAUGAAAAAUUUAACCGAUUCUUUCGUUUACUUGGGUCACUGGCCAUCCGCCGGGAGUUUCGGGUUUAAUACCGAUAUUUUAGCAACAAAUCCAAUAAAUCUAAGUGUAGUCUUCGGUGUAUUGAUCUUUUUUGGAAAGGGAGUGUUAAAUGAUUUAUUAGAUAACCGAAAGCAGAGGAUAUUAAAUACUAUUCGAAAUUCAGAAGAACUACGUGAAGGAGCUAUUCAACAAUUAGAAAACGCCCGAGCUCGCCUGCGUAAAGUAGAAAUGGAGGCGGAUCAGUUUCGCGUAAAUGGAUACUCUGAAAUCGAACGAGAAAAAGUAAAUUUGAUUAAUUCAACUUCUAGGACUUUGAAACAAUUAGAAAAUUACAAAAACGAAACCAUUCUUUUUGAGCAACAAAGAACAAUUAAUCAAGUCCGUGAACGGGUUUUCCAACAAGCUUUACAGGGAGCUAUAGGAACCCUAAAUAGUUGUUUGAGUAAUGAGUUACAUUUACGUACUAUUAAUGCAAAUAUUGGUAUGUUUGGUACGAUGAAAGAAAUUACUGAUUAGCUCUUUCCUUACGAUUAUGAUAGGCAUUAUUUUUUUUUUUCUUCCAAAAAAGAAUUAGGACAAUACUCAUGGUAACCAUUAAAGCCGAUGAAAUUAGUAAUAUUAUCCGUGAACGUAUUGAGCAAUAUAAUAGAGAAGUGACGAUUGUAAAUACCGGUACCGUACUUCAAGUGGGCGACGGCAUCGCUCGGAUUUAUGGUCUUGAUGAAGUAAUGGCAGGUGAAUUAGUAGAAUUUGAGGAGGGUACUAUAGGUAUUGCCCUUAAUUUAGAAUCAAAUAAUGUUGGUGUUGUAUUAAUGGGUGACGGUUUGAUGAUCCAAGAAGGAAGUUCAGUCAAAGCUACGGGAAAAAUUGCUCAGAUACCCGUGAGUGAGGCUUAUUUGGGGCGUGUUAUAAACGCCUUGGCUAACCCUAUUGAUGGUCGAGGUAAGAUUUCAGCUUCUGAAUCUCGGUUAAUUGAAUCUCCUGCCCCAGGUAUUAUUUCGAGACGUUCUGUAUAUGAGCCUCUUCAAACAGGACUUAUUGCUAUUGAUUCCAUGAUCCCUAUAGGACGCGGCCAGCGGGAAUUAAUUAUUGGUGACAGACAGACCGGUAAAACAGCAGUAGCCACAGAUACAAUUCUCAAUCAACAAGGUCAAAAUGUAAUAUGUGUUUAUGUGGCUAUUGGUCAAAAAGCUUCUUCCGUGGCUCAGGUAGUGACUAGUUUACAGGAACGAGGGGCAAUGGACUACACUAUUGUGGUAGCUGAAACGGCUGAUUCCCCAGCUACGUUACAAUACCUCGCGCCUUAUACAGGAGCCAAGCUACUCAGAAUCAAUUGGCAAGAGGUCAACGAUUGCGUGAGUUACUGAAACAAUCCCAAUCAGCCCCUCUCACAGUGGAAGAACAGAUAAUGACCAUUUAUACCGGAACAAAUGGUUAUCUGGAUGGAUUAGAAAUUGGACAAGUAAGAAAAUUUCUCGUUCAGCUACGCACUUAUUUAAAAACAAAUAAACCUGAGUUCCAAGAAAUAAUAGCCUCUACCAAGACAUUAACCGCUGAAGCAGAAAGCUUUUUGAAAGAAGGUAUUAAAGAGCAACUGGAACGUUUUCUACUUCAGGAGAAAUUAUAAAAAAUAGAAAUAUAUUUAAGUUAAGUCUAUAUAUAAUAUAUAUAAGUAUAGAACUAAUAUCUGUAUAUGUUUAAUAUAAAAUCUUAAAGCAUUCAGAAUUUAUUUCUUAUUAUAUUUAUUUUUUAUAAAUUUUCUAAACAGAAUAAAAAUAUUCUUAUAAUA